AUGGAGACCAAGCCUAUGACCAGUCCCCUUCCAGUGCUCGGACUGCACCUGGAAUUCAUACAGCUUGGAGCACCAGCAUGCCAUCACACGGCUUGGUGUUCCGCAAGCACCACGGUCUCGCCCGACGAGAGUGCAGCCGAACUCCCUGAUCUGGUAAAGGUCGAGAGUCUACGUCUGGUCGUCAGUGACAGGAUCCUGCGUACAGUGCUACGGACUGAUGAGUGGAUGCUAUUGCUCGAUCUGACCAUGAACCUUCCAGGGUUCAGAGGGAGUGGUAUGACAUUGACCGCAAAUCUAGACCGUGUUGCCACCGUCGCAGAUCUUCUGGACGACCCUCGCAAAUCCGGCGUAAGUCUUGAUGUGGGCGUGACACUGCAACUAGUGGAACGGAGGUCUACUGUACAGCACAGCAUUUGGAACAGGAUCCAGCUUGUGGCGCCACAGCAGCUUCGCUACGAGUAUCACCACAUAGGCGAGGUGCCCAUCCCUCGCGACCAUCCACGCUACGAUAUUCGUAACCUGCCAUGGAUACGUGAAGGUCACGAUCACGAUAAAAGAAUGGACGUCAAAUACAUCUGGGUACUUCUGGCCUGGCGUGAGGAUGUCGAAGACAACUGGAAGUUGAGCAGAGUGCACGCAUACGACUUCGGCGACUUUUGCAUCGGCGACUGCGACGAGUGGACUCCCUGGAACUAG